AUGAUUUGGCAUGACACGGGGAGAAUAAAAGAUGGUAAAUUAAGACAUCCGGCAGAUUCAAAAACAUGGAAGGAUGUCGAUGAAAAGUGGCCCGAGUUUUCUUCAGAUUCUAGAAAUGUCCGGUUAGCUUUAUCCUCGGAUGGAUUCAAUCCUUUUUAUAGCACAAAUGUUGAUUACUCUUGUUGGCCAGUUUUGAUGUCAAUAUAUAAUCUCCCACCAUGGCUUUGUAUGAAAAGGAGGUACAUCAUGCUAUGUUUAUUGAUAUCCGGACUAAAAGAACCCGGCAAUGAUAUCGAUGUGUUCUCUCAACCGCUUAUUGAAGAUUUACAAAAGUUAUGGACCGGAAAACAAGUUUAUGACGCAUACAAGAAGGAGUACUUUUUGCUGCGACGCAUUUUAUUAUGGACAUUUAGUGACAAUCCAGCCUAUGGUAACCUUUCAGGGAACAUUGUAAAAGGGUAUAAUGCGUGUCCUGUUUGCGUUGAUGGAACAAAAGCAACAAGGCUGGCUAAUUACCGUAAUUGCGUGGUCAUGAGGCAUCGGAGGUGGUUGCCCCGUGCACAUCCAUAUCGCAGGAAGAAAGAAGAUUUUGAUAACACUGUGGAAAAGGGAACUGCCCCUAUUCCAUUAACCGGGGAGGAGGUGCUUCAGAGAACAAAACACUUAAAGGGUCAUGUCUUUGGUAAGACACAACGCCAACCUCGAUUCAAGAAAGGUGAUGUUCGACCUAUUUUUAAGAAGGUUUCUAUAUUUUUUGAACUUGAGUAUUGGAAGUUUCUGCCGGUUAGACACGUUCUCGAUGUGAUGCACAUCGAGAAAAACAUUUGCGAAGCUUUACUUGGUACUAUGCUUAAUAUACCCAAGAAGACAAAAGAUAAGGAAUCUGUCCGGCUAGACAUGGCUGAAAUGAGAAUAAGAACGGAGCUAAGGCCAAAGAAUCCCGGGAGAAAGGAGAAGUUACCAUUGGCAUCUUGGAAUUUAACUCAUUCGGAAAAAAAAGUAGUUUGCUCAUCAUUUCUUGGCAUGAAGUUGCCUGAUGGCUUUUGUUCAAAUAUUAGAAGUUUAGUUUCAAUGGAAACUCUUCGACUUACUGGAAUGAAAUCUCACGACUGCCAUAUGAUCUUGCAUCACUUGCUCCCAAUUGCGAUACGAUCGUCACUGCAAAAACAGGUCAGAAACACUGUCAUCAGGUUUUGUCUCUUUUUUAAGGCAAUUUGCAGUAAAGUUAUUGAGGUUGAUAAGUUGGAGAAAAUGCAAUCCCAGCUGGUGGAAACUUUGUGCCACCUUGAAAAGUACUUCCCCCCUUCCUUGUUUGAUGUGAUGUUUCAUCUCUCGGUCCAUCUUGUACGAGAAGUAGAGCUUUGUGGACCAAUUUUUUUGAGGUGGAUGUAUCCAUUUGAGAGAUAUAUGAAGACAUUUAAAGGGUAUAUAAGAAAUCGGGCUCGCGCAGAAGGUUGCAUAGCUGAGGCCUAUAUUGCAGAAGAAGCUGUUGAGUGUUUGGUGAACCAUGAGGAGGCUAUUGUUGGGAUACCAAAAAAUGGCAGGCAUAGGAAUGAUGCUGUUUGUAGGCCAUUAUCUGGUGCAUCAGUUAUAACUCCGAGCGACAAUGAUUUGCAUUUAGCCCAUUUAUGUGUUUACAAAAUACGGCUUCGGUUAGGCCAUAUUUUAAGUAAGUCAUUUCUUAAUUUUCUGCUUAAUUGUCAAAUUAUAUAUCAUUAUUCUAUUAUUUACAUAGUCUUUUCUAAUUGUAUGCAGUGA